AUGAUUUCAGGAACAUUGUUUUGGGUGACUUUAUUUUUUUUAUUUAACAUAAUAGAACUUCAAACAGUAAAACCUUGGGGACAAAAACAGCUUUAUCCAGCAAAUCAAAUUCCUGAAAAUGGUUUAAGUCCUCGUAGAUCAGUAGUAAGACGUAAAAUUGUAUUGUAUCAUAACUUUUUUCGUACAAAAGUUCGUCCUACAGCUUCAAAUAUGCUUUUAAUGUCAUGGCACCCUCUUGCUGCUGAGCAAGCUCAAAGGUACGCAGAAAAGUGCAUUUUUCUGACUCACAAUGAUCCCCGUGAGAAUACUGUGCCUUAUCUAGGAAGUUGUGGGCAAAACCUCUUUGUAGCAUCGCAAAAGACUCCAUGGUUCUUCGCACUUAAAAACUGGUUCCUCGAGUACCGAAAUUUUACAUACGGAACGCCGAUAACAAAUCUCAAGGCAGUGGGGCACUACACUCAGAUGGUAUGGGCAACAAGCCACAAGGUGGGCUGCGGUGUGGCUCGUUGCUCCGGAGGGCCUUGGGGACAGUUUUACAACUAUGUCUGUCAUUAUUGCCCUGCCGGGAACUACGACACCAUUACGCACUACCCCUAUAAAGCCGGCCCUAAGUGUGGAGACUGCCCAGAUAGUUGCUUGUCAGACUCCUUGUGUACUAAUUCUUGUCCUGUAAAAGAUUUCUACUCCAACUGCGAAGAGUUGUCGAAACAAGUCGAUGUUUGCACACAAGGCAAAUGCAACGCUACUUGCGCGUGCACUGGAAGAAUACAUAAGAACUAUCCUUGG